AAUCAAGAAAAAGCAGCGGAACAAAAUUUUAGUCAACUACGUAUCAAUUUUUAUUAACCUGUCGCAUUUCAAUACCCGUGAACCCUAAUUUCACCUUUCUCUCAAGCCUUUAAUCAAUUAAAAUUUGCUCAUUACAUUCGUGCCAAAAUCGAGGUCAGUCCAUUCUGGAAGAUUUUUUUUUUUUCCCUUAACUAGGGUUUCUUUAAUCGUGAACUGAAACCCUGGGCUUGAUUUUGAUUAGCUUGAUUUUCGAGUAGGCUUUGAAUAUUUUUAUUUUUGGUAAUGAUAUUGAUACGAGAGAUAUUCAGGUGAUUAAUAGGGGAAAAAAAUGAGGCAGUUAAAUGGAUUUUGUAGUAAAAGAAGUCCCCAGCUUCGUGGGAUUUUCAAUGGGUUAUGUGCCCUAGUUUUGAUUUUGUUGUUUUACAAUCGGGGAGAUAUUGUGAGAAACCAACUUUCGAAGCAAUCGUAUUCAGUAUCUAAAUGGAGCUCAGGCAGUGGGUUUUAUUCCGGUGUGGGGAGCCAAUUCGUGAAUCGCAGAGAAAUGGUUGAAUUAAGUGCAAAUUCUUCAACUGUAAAUGGCUCCGAUCCUAAUAAUUUGGAUGUAAAGAAGCCUGAAUUUUGUGCGGGAUUGUCUGAUCACAAUGGCUAUAGUAGUAGCUGUGAGUUCCUGAAAGCCCAUCCGCAGUGCACGUCAGAUGGGUUUUUUGAUUACUUGAAGUUUUACUAUUGUGAUUGCGGUGAGAGCGCAUGGGCAUUUCUAGUGUUGGGUACUUGGCUUGCUGCAUUGUUCUAUCUUUUAGGCAACACUGCGGCUGAUUACUUUUGCUGUUCUUUGGAAAAGCUUUCGACUCUUUUGAAGCUAUCUCCUACUGUUGCUGGUGUAACUCUGCUUCCACUUGGAAAUGGCGCUCCAGAUGUGUUUGCAAGCAUUGCUGCUUUUGUAGGUACUGGCACGGGAGAUGUGGGCCUUAAUAGUGUAUUAGGAGGGGCAGUGUUUGUUACUUGCAUUGUUGUUGGGGCUGUUUCCCUAUGUAUAGCAGAUAAGGACAUUAAGAUCGACAAGAAGUGCUUUAUAAGGGAUAUUCUAUUUUUUAUGCUUGCCCUUGCGUCUCUGUUUUGGAUCUUGAUUGUCGGUGAAGUGACUGUUGGUGCUGCCAUUGCAUUUACAUCGAUUUAUGUUCUGUAUUCCUUUGCUGUGGCUGCCAAUGAGAUUUUGAGGGAACAGGCCCAGAGGUUGAAACUGGACGCUGUUACUCCUUUGCUUCCUGUAAGAGGAAGUGUGUUUUCUCAUGGAAAUCUAGAUGAGGAACCCUUAUUCAGCUCAUUGCUUGACAUUGAGACUGAAAGUGUUGGAGUCCAGUCCCAUGGUUCCCUACCUCAGUGGAUGUGGGCUUCUAAUGUAGCAAUUUAUUCAAACCAGGUGCUGAAGAUCCCUGAUGGUGACAAGUCUUUGUGGGGAUGGAAUGAAGAAGAGAGAGAAAUUGAGCGGCCAUCAUUUUCUUGGUCGAAGCUAUUUUCCCUUCUGGAGUUGCCUCUGACUGUACCGAGGCGGCUCACAAUUCCCUUAGUCGAGGAGGAAACUUGGUCAAAGCCAUGUGCUAUGGGCUGUGCUUUACUGGCUCCGAUUCUUCUUGCUUGUUUGUGGAGUUCACAAGACAACGUGGGUUCUCAAAGCAGAAUAGCUGCGUAUAUCAUCGGCGUCUCAGUUGGAAGCACCCUUUGUGUUCUUACAUAUAAGCACACAAGGCCAGAUCGUCCACCUCAGAAAUUCUUACUUCCAUGGGUUAUAGGAGGAUUUGUGAUGAGUAUCAUUUGGUUUUACAUGAUUGCAAAUGAGCUUGUUGCUCUACUUGUGGGAUUUGGUGUGGUUCUAGGUGUCAAUCCCUCCAUCCUUGGGUUAACUGUAUUGGCUUGGGGAAACUCGAUGGGUGAUUUGGUUUCAAACGUUGCUUUGUCAAUGAAUGGUGGGGAUGGCGUACAGAUUGCAAUGUCUGGAUGUUAUGCGGGUCCUAUGUUCAACACGCUCAUUGGAUUGGGCAUAUCAAUGCUUCUGGGAGCCUGGUCUGAGAAACCUGGUCCCUUUGUACUCCCUCAAGAUAGAAGCUUGUAUUUCACCUUGGGAUUUCUCGUUUCAGGAAUUAUUUGGGCACUCAUUGUUUUACCUAGAAAUAACAUGCGUCCGAGCAAGAUUCUUGGAGCAGGACUAGUUGCCAUAUAUUUGAUAUUUCUCACUUUCAGGGUGGGCUCUGCUAUGGGAAUGUUUUCAUUAGCUGGCUUUAGGUGAUAUCAUGUACUGUUAAAAUGUACAUUCAGAGAUUACUUGACCCACGAAAAUUGAAAUUGUCAUGAUUGAUCUGCCUGUAUUUAUUGGAGACAAAUUCUUUUGGUGGUUAUAUAAUAGCUAGUUGUAUUUAGUAAUUAGUAUUAUAUAUUGUUGUGUUUGAAGAUGACAGGUCUUAUGGACAAUUGAUAAAGUGGGUGGCUUCUUGUU